AUGGGCAAACCAUCAUUGUCCAAACAAAAAGGCUUCUCCAAGAAGAGCCAACGAGGAGGAAACAAGGCCGUGAAUAUGCAACAUAAGAGAAAGACCCGAGAUGCUGAGAAUGAGGAAGAUGUACACUUGAGUGAUUUGGAUGAGGCUGAUUUUGAAUUUGCGGAGAGAAUGAGCAGUUUGGCUUCUUUGAAAGAUUCCGAUUUUGAUAUCAACAAGAAAAAGAAGAAAAAAACCAAGUUUGAUGCUUCGGAGAGUGAAAUAAUGUCAGACGAUGACUCGGAUGCCAAAAAGAAAGUAUCGGAAGAUGCAGAUGAUGUGAAAGUGAAACAAUUGGAAGAAAAUUACUCAAAAACAAGACUUGGAAGGAUUGUGGAAAAGGCUGAAAAGGUUCUUGAACAGAACGAAAAGGAAGAGUCACAAACGAAAGUGAAAAUGAAACUUCCUAUCAAAGGAGAGGAUGGUGUCAUUCAAAAACAAGUUCAAGUGUUGGAAGAUGAAAAGCAACAGAAAAAAGGUUUAACAAAACAAGCAAAGAAAGAUAAGAAGGAACAACAAAAAAAGAAGAAUGAAAAUGAUGAACAAGAAGAGGAUGAAAUUGAAGAAGAAGAUGAAAUUUUUGACUCGCUUUAUGGAAAAAUUGAGGAAAAAACAGAGGAAACUGAACAACAAAAAGAAACUAAAAAACAAGAGAAGCUAAGACUUCGACAAAUUUUAAAUGAUCCCGUUCUGAGAGACAAACGAAGACAGCAAUUGAGUGUGGAAAUUGGUUCAACAGCAUCUUCAAUUUUGGAAAUACCUGAUAUGAAUCUGGCUAAAAUUUCAAGAAUAUAUGACCUGUGCAUGGAUGGAGAUGUAUAUGUGAAAAAGUUAGCAGUACUCUCAAUGUGUGCCCUCUUCAAAGACUUGCUCCCUGAUUACAAAAUUAAUUUAGAAGCUGCAGGAGAAGGAACACGGUUCUCAAAAGAGGUCAAAUCUAGAAGAAGUUUCGAAAGUAAUAUUUUGAAAUACUAUCAGAAAUAUGUUCAAUUUAUUGAAAAGCAUGCAAAAACUGCAUCUUCGAAAAUUCAAUUUAUUGCUUCCAAGUGCUUGAGCGAACUGUUAGUACAUAGACCCUACUUUAAUUUCACACGCGAUAUUAUUUCCAUUGUCGUUCCUUUACUUGACUCUAAGAAUGAUCAAGUUCGAGAAAUUGUGGCAGAGAAUAUUUCCUUAUUGUUCUCCAAUGAUACUACAAAAGGUGCAACAACCCUCGAUGUUGUCGAAGAAAUAGCUACUUUGAUUACCAAGAAAAAGUAUGAAGUUUCUCCAACCAUGUUUGAUGUUUUCCUUUCCUUAAAACUAAAGACAGCUCUGAGGGACAAAGUGUUACCGGAUACUAUUGUCAAUCGAAAGAAAAAUAAGAAGAAUAAGAAGAAGGCUAAGGAUUUGUCUGAACACGAAGAGCUUCAAAGAGAGUUAAAAGAAGCUCAAGGAUCUACAUCAUCAGAAGUGAGAAAAAUCCAAACUGAUAUUCUGAGAAACGUAAUUGUGUGCUAUGUGAGAGUUCUCAAACAACAACCAGAGUCUCCAAUUGUGUUUAGUGCUUUGGCAGGCUUAGCCAAAUUUUCACACUUGAUGAAUGUGGACUUGUUGUACUCUUUGCUCGAUUAUAUGAAGGCCUUACUUGAAUCUGCAGAGAAUGUGAACGAGCUUGUUCAAUCACAUCUCAACGAAGAUGAAAUUAAGCAUUUCAAGCCUGUGGAGCUUCCAGUUCGAACUGUGUUACAAACCCUGAUUACAACCGCUCGAUUGUUGUCAGGAAUUGGAGGUGCCAUAGAUAUUGAUCCAAAAGAAUUCUAUACUCAACUCUAUAAUGUGGUAGAUCGUGUGAUUACGACCCAAUACGAUGAGACUAACUUUAGGUUGCUAGUCGAUGCGUUGGUACUACUUCUCUUGAAACCUGUAAAGGUUCCUCUCGUCAGAGUGGCUGCUUUUAUCAAAAAGAUGUGUUGCUACUGUUUCACCACUCAUAUUCACGUCACUGUAUGCUUUUUAGAAAUUAUUCGAGAACUCUUUAUCAAAUAUCCAAGUGCCAAGCAAAUGUUGAGUGGGGAAGAGAGUGGAAUUGGAAGUUAUUCUUUCGAUGAAACCGUACCUGACAGCACAACACCUUUUGCAAGUCCACUGUUUGAAUUGAGUCAAUUACAAACUCACUACCAUCCUCAAUUACAAUUUGCCCUCGAUGGUAUUCGAGGAGUGUUAGGAAUAAUGACUAGAUAUCAGCAAUCCAAAGCGAAAGAGGAAUUGAAACAAAUGACAUGUGACGAUUAUCAACAAAUAUUAUCAGACUAUACACCUUUUUCAGGAAUUUUGAAACCUCCAGUGCAAGCUCCACUACCUCAUCCACUUCAAGAGAAAUUAGAGAGACUUGCAGAAAAGAAGAAUAAUCCAGAUUACAACAAGAAGAAGAAACAAAAGAUUCAAGAGAAACAAAUUUAUGUGACACCUUCGAUGGUGCAUAUGAGAUCAGCAUUUGCUCAAGAAUGUCUAGAAAAGUCUUCAAAAUUGCUUUAA